AACCCACACUAUUCAAAACAACCACCAUUAUCCUAACUCCUACCCAAUCUUUAAAAGUGAAUCUGAGGGACAGAAAGAAGAAACGAAGGAGAAGAGGACAUGACAGGCCAGAAGCCAUGCAUUCCCGUAGCAACAGUCUGGAGAAUAUUUCAGAGGUGAAAUCAUCUCAGGUGCAAGCUCCGGCACAGCAAAAAGAAUCAAAGUAUGAUGAGCCCUCAACAAGCUUUCAAGGUUCUAGCCGUUCUCGUCACAGUGAAUUCCCAGACAACAUGAGUACAGUACAUCGAAAGAACAAGAGUACUUUCUGCAGCCAGGUACACAACAAAAACAAUGAGCUGACAGACCAGACAUCUUUUGGGAACAACAGGGAUCUCUCCCAUGAUGAUCUCCUUCUUCUGCUGAGUAUCCUGGAGGGAGAGCUACAGGCCAGAGAUGAGGUGAUCACAGUGCUGAGGGCAAAAAAGACAGACUUAACAUUACUGGAGGCCCACUAUGGCUUUGUGACGCCUCCCAAAGUCCUUCAGGCCCUUCAGCGAGACACCAUAUUAGGUAAAGGUCAUGUCUGGCAGGAAGACAUCUAUGAGAAGCCAAUUGCAGAGUUGGACAAGCUUGUGGAGAAACAGAAAGAAACAUACAGACGUAUGCUGGAACAGCUGCUGCUAGUAGAACAGGCACACAAACAGACACUCGACAGACUGGAGGAUGAGAAGCACAAUCACAGCGAGUACAUGAAAAAAAGCGAUGACUUCACUAACCUUUUGGAGCAGGAAAGAGAAAGAUUGAAACUGCUCAAUGAUCAAGAAAAGUCUUUCCAAGAACAAAAAGAGGAAGAGAAUAACACGAAGAUCACCAAUCUUAAAGAAGAAUUGACAAAACUAAAGUCAUUUGCCCUCCUGGUUAUUGAUGAACAGCAGCGUGUUUCAGAACAGCUAGCUCAGCAAACUGCAAAGGUUCAGGCACUGCAAGCUGCUGCCAGAGAGUCCGAAGAAGAGCUGAACUCUGUGCAGUCCAGGGCACAAAAAAUGGAAAGCAAAGUGCUGCACUUGGAGGCAGAAUUACAUGGACAGGCUGUACAGUUCCACAAAGAGCAGGAAGUCUUGAGCAUCAAACUGGCUGAUGAGAAUAGACAAAACAGGCAUCUGCUUCAGAAACUGUCUGCACUUUCCCAAGAAAAAGAUGAGCUUGAAAAGUCAAACAAGGCUUUUCACAGGGUGGAAGAGGAACUGCAGCAGCUAAGGGACAAAAGCAGCAAAGGGGAGAUAGGAAACUCUAGCCUUGUGUCAGAAUUGGAAGAGUUGAGAAAAAGAGUGGUUGAUAUGGAAGAAAAAGAUGAGGAAUUGAUCAAGAUGGAGAAUUUGUGUUGGGACCUUAAUAGGAAGCUCGAGAAGGAGUCAAUUCAAAAUCAAAGCCUGAAAGCAGAGGUGGACAAGUUAAAUAACAAAAUUGCCGAGGUUGAAAGACUAGAAGAUGCCUUUGAAAAAAGCAAGCACGAAAUUAGCUCACAUAAAUGCAAUCUAGAAGAAGAAAGGGCAGUAACUAAAUAUAUGUGUAAUGAACUAGACAAUUUGAGGAUAAGAAUCAAGGAACUUGAAGCUGCUGAAUGUCUUUUAGAGAAAACAGAGUGGACACUAAAAGAAGAUCUUACAAAAUUGAAAACACUAACAGUAAUGCUUAUUGACGAAAGGAAAAACAUGGCAGAGAAGCUAAAGCAACUUGAAAAUAAGUUUCAAGAUAGUACUGAUAAACUUCAGGCAGAACAAGACAAAGUCACAUUAGUGACAGAGAAGCUGAUUGAAGAAAGUAAAAAUGCUUUAAAGAUUAAGGUGGAAAUGGAGGAAAAAAUCUGCAUCACCAACAAGGAACGAGAUGAUAUUAAGGUCAAACUAAAAACUGAGGAAGAGAAAAGCAAUGCCCUUCAGUUUAAAGUAAACUUGAUGAAGAAAAGGCUUCAGUCCCUGGAGGCUGUUGAAAGGGAGUUUUUUAGGAACAAAGCAAAAGAAGAGAACAUAAAGGGACCCAUCCAAAAUGGUUUCCAACAUGAAGACAACAAAAUGAAAGAUUUAACACAGGAAGUAGAAUGGCUCAGGAGGAAACUCAGGGAUAAUAUGGUAGAAGAAAAUCUUCUGAAGACACAAAUUGAGGGUGAAUCAUUGGAUAAGAGAUACUGUACAGAAAAGGCCCUAAUGGAAGAAUUAGCGAUUGCAAGAAAGGAGCUUUAUAAAUACCAUCUUAUUGAAAAGGAAAAUUUCAACCAAGAACACAUUCUGUACAAGCAGCUGAAAGAAGAAGAGACAAAGUCCAGUCAUCUGACCAAAGAGGUGGAAGCAUUGAAGGAAAAGAUACACAGUUACAUGGGAACAGAAGGGUCCAUCUGCAACAUGAAAUCAGAAUAUGCAUCUUUGCAGAGAAAGCUUACCCAGCAAGAAAUCAGAAACAAGGAACUUGUCAGAGAGAAGGAGAGCUUAACAAGGGAGCUGGAGAGAUAUCGUCACUUUAGCAAGAGCCUCCGGCCUGGCAUGAUUGGGAGACGGUUCUCAGACCUGCAAGUCUCUACAAAAGAGGUUCAGACUGAACCAACAAAUACUCCUACACAUACUUAUAAAAACCUUAGUCUUCUAGAGCAAGCUGUGGUGGAUGAGAACAUGUAUAAAGAGAGUAAUCAACAGUAUGAACCAAAUUCUAAUAAAAUAAAUCCAGCUAUAUGUGUUACCUCACUGAAAAACAGUAAUAACCACCAGAAUAACACAAAGCAAAUUAGAAAUCCACUGUUAAAGAGUGUAGAGAAACAGCAGCUAAUUAGGAGCAAAAUCCAAAACACACAAAAUGGAUCUCACAUUCAAAAAGUGGUCACCCAUAACAUAAGCCAAUAUCAACACAUCAAGAUGACACCAGACCAUAGUCAUAAGACAGCUACCUGUAAGACUACAAAUACUACUUCAGAGAAUACUCAGCAUUAUACCACUACAGCAGAUAUCCCAAACAGCAGUUGCACCAGGAAACAACAAAUUAUCAUUAUCCAGAAUGCACCAAUCUCACCAGAGAAUAAUAAGUGUCAUCCUUUCAUUGAAACAUUGUCCACAUCUGAACAAUCAAUAACACCUCAUAAUAUGACAAUUUAUUCACAAACAGGGAUUUCUGAUUUCACAAGUUUAUUGACACCAGACAGUGCAAUGUUACCUACUGAGAUAACUGCAAUCACAACAGGAGCUUCUGAUAGAUCACAGGAGACAAAUAUCAAAGCAGGUCACACAAUGUUCUGUGAAACACCACAAAAGCAAAAUAACUGGCAUACACAUAGAUAUAAUAGCUCAAGCCCAAGUGUCAUCAAUGAUGAAGACAACAAACUACACAUUCACUUAGGCAUCCCUUACCUCCAGACUAUCAACAGCAACACAGAACCACCCUGCUCUUCUUCUGGACAGGAGCAAAGAUCCUCAGUAAUAACCAGCGGUAUCCCUGCCAAAGUUAACAGCAAAAUUGCAAAUACCAUCAGGAUAAAGCCUGCCUUCACUCCAAUCCCACAGCCAUCACAAAUUGCAGUAAGUAGUGUCUAG